AUGGUGCUGUCGCGCACGACGUCGGAGGAUCGCAACAAGGAGGACGCGGUCCUGGAGCCCGUCUUCGCCAACCGAUACAUGCAGCAACCCGUCAAACGGCACGUGUUCCCGGCGGACGAGAUGCCGCGCGAGGUGGCGUAUCAGAUCGUGGCGGACAUGCUAGAGAUGGACGGCAAGCCGCGCCUCAAACUGGCGUCGUUCGUCACCACGUGGAUGGAGCCCGACGCCGAGCGCCUCAUGACCGCGUCGCUCAACAAGAACGCCAUCGAUCUCGCCGAGUACCCCGCCUGCGCGCACAUCCAGGAGCUGUGUUUGAACAUGCUGGCGCGGCUGUACCACGCGCCGCUAACCGAGGGGCAGACGGCCGUGGGCACGGCCACCAUCGGCAGCAGCGAGGCCAUCAUGCUCGCAGGCCUGGCAAUGAAGCGGAGGUGGGUGAAGUUUCGAAAGGACAAGGGCCUUCCCACAGACAGCCCAAACCUAGUAGUGGGCGCCAACACGCACGUGGUUGUGGAAAAGUUUGCCAACUAUUUCGACGUGGAGCUGCGCAUGGUGCCCGUCACGCCCGAGUGUCCGUGCCUGCGCGUGGGCGAGGCGGUGAAGCUGUGCGACGAGAGGACUAUUGGAGUGGUGCCUAUUCUGGGCAGCACGUACACGGGGCACUUUGAGGACGUGCAGGGACUGGACGAGGCGCUGAGGAAGCUGGACUUGCCGCACGGCUGGCAGGUCCCAAUCCACGUGGAUGCAGCGAGCGGCGGCUUCAUCGCGCCGUUCCUGUACCCGUCCCUCGCGUGGGACUUCCGCCUGCCAUCCGUGCUGUCCAUCAGUGUGAGCGGGCACAAGUACGGGCUCACGUACCCGGGCAUCGCAUGGCUGCUGUUCCGCAACGACCGCUGCCUGCCGCAGGAGCUCAUUUAUCACGUGGACUACCUGGGCGAGGACCAGCCCACGUUCACGCUCAACUUCUCCCGCGGGGGGUGUGUGGGGUGUGGGAGUGAGGAGGAGGCACGGGGUGAUGUAGGGGGGUGUUUGGGGUGUGGGAGUGAGGAGGAGGCACGGGGUGAUGUAGGGGGGUGUUUGGGGUGUGGGAGUGAGGAGGAGGCACGGGGUGAUGUAGGCGCAGCGCAAAUUGUCGGGCAGUACUACCAGUUCCUUCGCCUCGGCUUCAAGGGCUACCGGCGGGUGAUGGAGAACUGUGCAGAGGUGGCGGACUCGCUGCAGGAGCAGCUGGAGGCAACGGGCAUGUUCCACAUUCUAUCGGACACCAACAUGGGCAUCCCCCUCGUCGCCUUCCGCUUCAAACCGCACUCGUACGUGUUGGGAGGGGGGUAG